GCCCAGAUAGGGGAGUUCGUUGACAACACAAUACAUAUUUGUUCCGGUUUGUGAUUUGGAGUCAUCGCGACUGUCACGGAGGCUUCGCGCUCACGAUUCGCUUUACGAUGGCCCUCGCUUCAACGCAGCGCGGGUCGCUGCGCGCGUCGUCGCGCCUGCCGGCACCUCGCGUUGCCCCUCGCCUUUGGCAGCACCCGGCCAGCGCCCGCCGCGCCGCGGGCGCGGCCGUCGCUCGUGCGCUGCCCGCUGACGGCGAGGCCGAUGUUAUCGUGGUCGGCGCCGGUGUGGCCGGCCUCACUGCGGCGGCGAAGCUGGCCGCUGCCGGCGCGAAGCCGGUGGUGCUAGAGGCCAGCGACGGAGUGGGCGGCCGUGUGCGUACGGAUAAGGUGGACGGGUUCCUGUUGGACCGCGGGUUCCAGAUCUUCCUGACAGGUUACCCGGAGGCCCAGGCCGCGCUGGACUAUGACGCUCUGCAGCUGCAGUCCUUCUACGCCGGUGCAUUGGUGUGGACCGACGGCGGCUUCCAUCGCGUGGCCGACCCGCUGCGGCAUUUCGUGGACGGACUGGCCUCCCUGCCCAAUCCGGUGGGCAGCGUGGCGGAUAAGAUCAAUGUGGGCGUGUUCAGGCUGAAGAGCCUGUUGGGCACCAUUGAUGACAUCCUGGCACGCCCAGAGACAACCAUUGCGGAGCGCCUCAAGGCCGAGGGCUUCUCUGACGUCAUCACGAAGCGCUUCUUCCGCCCCUUCCUGGGCGGCAUCUUCUUCGACCGCCAGCUUCGCACCAGCUCCCGCCUGUUCGAGUUCGUGAUGCGCAUGCUGGCCACCGGAUCCAACUGCCUGCCCGCCGCCGGCAUCGGCGCCGUGGCGGACCAGCUGGCGGCCAAGCUGCCCGCGGACGCCGUCAACCUGAACACCAAGGUGGAGUCGGUGAGCGGCAAGUCGGUGACGUUGGCGGGCGGGCGGCAGCUCAAGGCGCGCCGAGGUGUGGUGGUGGCGGUGGAGGGCCCCGAGGCCAAGCGGCUCUUGGGCGACGCCAUCAAGGCCGCCCCCAGCAAGGCGGACCCGGGUGUGGGCACCUGCAACCUGUACUUCCGCGCGCCCAAGCCGCCCUCGCCCGAGAACAUCCUGUACCUGAACGGCGAGGACGCCGGCAUCGUCAACAACUGCUGCUUUCCCUCCACCGUCGCACCCUCGUACGCACCCGCAGGCCAGACGCUGGUAUCCGUGUCCACGGUGGGCACCUUUGACAACCUGAGCGACGCCGCGCUGGAGGCCGAGGUGCGCAAGCAGCUGUCCACCUGGUUUGGAGCCAAGGAGGUUGACUCCUGGUCGCACUUGCGCACCUACCGCAUCCCCUUCGCGCAGCCGAACCAGGCGCCGCCCACGGACUUCUUCCGGCCGGUGGCUCUGGGCGGCGGCGUGUUCGUGUGCGGCGACCACCGCGACAGCGCCACACUGGACGGAGCCAUCAAGAGCGGCCGGCGCGCGGCGGAGGCGCUGCUCACGCAGUGAUGAGCGCAAGGAUGUGCUGGAGGCCGCAGCAGGGUAUGAAGGGAGGGCGAUGGGACAGUGUCAAGGCAGGUUGGUGAAGUCCCGCAGGGUGCAUCUAAUUCCCAGACACCAGAAGAUGGCGAACACUUUGCAACGGCAGGGCAGGAGUGCACGGCUGGUCGGGGACUGCAGGCAUGGCUUUAGGUAGUGGCUCCUUAUGGUAGUCAUGGAUCAUGAGCAGUCUGGGAAUUACCGGCCUCCUUAUGGUAGUCAUGGAUCGUGAGCAGUCUGGGAAUUGGGGCUACCUGGCCGUAAGGCCGGUUUCGUAGUGGUGUAAAGCUCGUGACGAAAGCGGUGAAGUGGCAACCGCUCGAUUAUUGUACAGAUGUAAGGGGCAGGGAUUGGAGAAAGAAAGCGAGAGCAUGCAAGAAGACAGCUGUGGAGGGAUGCACGAGUUUUGGAGGCGCCGAAUGUUGUGUGCCUGUGCGUGCGAUGUAAGUCUCGGACUAGUACUGGGGGCCGGAUCUGUCUGUACGCAGAUGGUGGUUUUGUGGACGGUAGGGGGCAAACGUAUGUGUGUCGGCUGUCGACAUGGUUGCUUGGCGCUUGCCUGCCGGGAUUUUGACGUGACACAAACAC